AUGCCACUCUUUUUCCACCGCCAAUCUUCUCUCCCAACCAGCACCGCCACCUCCCCCUCUUACUCUUCCAAGCUCCUCAAGCCCCUAAAACCCAAUUCUGCCCCUGUCCCCACCCGCACUCCCCUGCCCAUUAUCGUCUUUUCGCUCGUCUCCCUCUUCAUCGGCCUCGCCGGAACCAUCUUCGCCAUCACCGCCCUCCGUCGCCCAACGCCCAUUCCCAUUUUCCGAUGCGGCAAAUCGGAAGACACCUUCCGGGCAUUCUACUCUCUUUCGACCUCUCGGCAGCUCGGUGAUAAGAAUGGUGGCUUGGUUGAUCGGCCUAAGCUUCUUGGGUUCGUCGGAAUUCAGACCGGGUUCGGCUCAGCUGAUCGCCGUGCGGCUUUGCGGAGCACGUGGUUUCCUUCUGACCCAGAUGGCCUUUUGAGAUUGGAACAAGCUACUGGUUUAGCUUUUAGGUUUGUUAUUGGGAGAUCUAAAGAUGCAAAGAAGAUGGCGGGGGUUCAGAAAGAGAUAGAUAAGUACAGAGAUUUUCUGAUUAUUGAUGUCAAUGAAGAGUAUUUGAACCUUCCAUGGAAAACGUUGGCAUUUUUCAAAGCAGCAUUUCAACUUUUCGAAGCAGAUUACUAUGUCAAAGCAGAUGACGACAUUUAUUUGCGUCCAGAUCGACUAGCAACACUUCUAGCCAAGGAGCGAACACAUUCACAAACCUACAUUGGAUGCAUGAAGAAAGGACCAGUAAUCACUGACCCUAAAAUGAAAUGGUAUGAGAAAUCAGGACAUCUAAUUGGGAAUGAAUACUUUCGGCAUGCUUAUGGUCCUAUAUAUGUUCUGUCUGCAGAAGUGGUAGCAUCAUUGGCAAUUGCUAGGAAUAACAGUUUGAGAAUGUUUAGCAAUGAGGACGUUACGAUUGGGUCGUGGAUGCUUGCUAUGAAUGUCAACCAUGAGGAUAAUCGGGCAUUAUGUGACCCUCGUUGCACACCUACAUCCAUCGCAGUGUGGGACAUCCCAAAAUGUUCAGGUUUGUGCAACCCAGCUAGUAGGCUGAAGGAGCUUCAUGCAAUGAGUAUGUGCUCCAAAAGUCCAACUCUUCGUCCCGGCGACAGAUAG